ACUUGGUUUCCUUUGUGCGUGACACAGUAAGCGGCUAACGGUUAAUGGUGUGGGAUUCGCCCUGUUAGCUUAGCAAUCUGAAACGUCGUCGAAGAAAAGAAAAUAACGUUACAAUUUAAAAAAACUCAAACAAACAAGCGAACGCCGAGUUCUUUCCCCUGACAUCUGCCGAGGCACAGUGACCAGACAUUUCGAUGGCUCUGAGACGAGGACACAUCCGGUACCUGAAGGUGUGUGAAGUUCAGGCAUCGCAGAAUGACGUCAGAGAUGCCGCAAAAGGAGCUGUUGCUACAAUGCAGGAUAUGUACAACAAUGGUUUUGAGGAUCAAAUGAUGGAGGAGGACGACGACUCUCGCACCAACCUGAUCGUCAACUACCUGCCACAGAGCAUGAACCAGGACGAGCUGCGGAGUCUGUUCAGCAGCGUUGGUGACGUGGAGUCAGCCAAACUCAUCCGCGACAAAGUGACUGGCCACAGUUUAGGUUACGGCUUUGUUAACUUUGUUAACCAUAUUGAUGCUGAGCGAGCGAUCAGUACGCUCAAUGGCCUGAGGCUACAGUCUAAAACCAUCAAGGUGUCCUUCGCACGGCCGAGUUCAGAUAUGAUCAAAGACGCUAACUUGUAUAUUAGCGGUCUGCCACGCACACUAACGCAGCCUGAGCUGGAGGACAUGUUCUCACACUACGGACAUAUCAUCAACUCCAGGGUGCUGGUGGACCAGGCCUCAGUUUGUUUAACAGGUUUGUCUAGGGGUGUGGCCUUCAUCCGUUACGAUAAGCGAUCCGAGGCCGAGGAUGCUGUCAAGCACAUGAAUGGGACCACACCGCCGGGCACCGCCGAGCCAAUCACAGUAAAGUUUGCUGCAAACCCAAAUCAGACCAAGAUGUCUCAGGCCAGUUCUCAGAUGUAUCACGGCCAAUCGCGUCGCUUUGGUGGACCGGUCCAUCACCAGGCCCAGAGAUUCAGGUUUUCUCCAAUGAGUGUUGACCACAUGGGUGGAGGUGGCGGGGUCUCAGGCAACUCCGCCUCUGGUUGGUGCAUCUUCAUCUACAAUCUGGGUCAGGAUGCUGACGAGGGGAUUUUGUGGCAGAUGUUCGGGCCGUUUGGGGCAGUGGCCAACGUGAAGGUGAUCCGAGACUUCAACACCAACAAGUGCAAAGGCUUCGGCUUCGUCACUAUGGCCAACUACGAGGAGGCUGCCAUGGCCAUCAACAGCCUCAACGGCUACAGGCUGGGGGACAGGGUUCUGCAGGUGUCCUUCAAAACCACCAAGGGGCCCAAGUAGAGAGAGGAAUUAUGUUAUGUUUUGCAUGCUCAUUUUCUACAACCUCACUUGUAAAAUAACAGAAGUUUCAUGUGGUAUUUCCAGGUCAGUGUUUAGUUCCUAUCAGUGUCAGAUGAUUGACAGCUGUCUAGACCAGUGGCAUGUAGUGGGUGGAGCCUGGGAUGUUUUUAUUUCUGAAGGUUUUACAUCAUGUGAUUUUAUUUUUCUAUUUCAGUUUGUUCAGUAAUAAACGUUUGUUUACUGUGACGUUCUUUUCCUGGUUCUCACCUGAACCUUGGCUCCAGACAUCACAGAACGCAGACACGUCCUACAA